AUGUCUCAACACAGGGAGAUCUUUCCCAUCUUCCACCUCGCCUGCGAACUUCGCGACUUGAUCUACUUCCAUCUACUCGAACCACGUCACACAUGGUCCCUGCCCAAUGGCUUCAAAGUCAACGCUACCCACCUCCCUCGACCAGAACUCCUCUUCCUCUCACAUCAAUUCAGCCAGGAAUACCUCUCCAUCGCCUCGAAGCUCACAACAUUAACAAUCCACGACCACUGCCUGGGCGGCUCGGGAUACCAGCUCCCUUCCCUCCCUCGCGAAGUCCUGGGGAUCGAGAGAGUCAAGUUCAACGUCGCCUGCACAGCUUGGCGAGAUGCCGCGGGGGAGGUUGAGUUUCACGAUGGUUGGAUCAAGGGAUUGUUGGGGCAGAUGAGGGAGAAGAGUGGUGGCGGGAAAGUGGCGAUUCGUAUGCAUUUUGGGAGUGGGAUUUCGGCGGUGGAGUAUGAGGCGGCGUUGACGUGGAGUGGGUGUUGGACGACGGAGAUGGAGGGAUUGGAUGAACUGCUCAUCUUCCGCGUCGGAGUUGGGUGUACAGCGUGGGCUUUUAAUGCGCCCAAGACGUUGCUUAUACGAUGGUCGAAGGAGAAGAAGGCGUUCGAGAGGAUGGUGGAGGAUGUGGAUGGUGAACAGGAACGAGGUAAUGUGUGGUUGAAUACGCAGUUGAGGAUGCAGUUAUUGAGAGGGGCGGCGUUUGGUGGUUGA